CUGCUUUGUCUCUCUCAGGAGUACACUGUAGAUGUUUUUUUCCGUCAAAGUUGGAAGGAUGAGCGACUUAAGUUCCAUGGACCAAUGAACAUUCUGCCUCUUAACAACCUGAUGGCCAGUAAGAUCUGGACCCCUGACACCUUCUUCCACAAUGGCAAGAAAUCUGUGGCCCACAAUAUGACAAUGCCCAACAAGCUGCUGAGGAUCAUGGAGGAUGGAACCUUGCUCUACACUAUGAGGCUGACAGUUCAAGCUGAGUGUCCCAUGCACCUUGAAGACUUCCCCAUGGACUCUCACUCAUGUCCUCUCAAGUUUGGCAGCUAUGCCUACACUAAGACAGAGGUUACUUACAUCUGGAGUCGUAAUGCCUCCCAGUCAGUUGAUGUUGCACCUGAUGGAUCCAGACUCAACCAGUAUGACUUGGUGGGCCAGAGUGUGGGAAAGGAGACCAUUAAAUCCAGUACCGGAGAAUACACAGUCAUGACAGCUCACUUCCAUCUGAAGAGGAAGAUUGGCUACUUUGUUAUCCAGACAUAUCUACCCUGUAUCAUGACAGUCAUCCUCUCCCAGGUUUCUUUCUGGCUCAAUAGAGAGUCGGUGCCAGCCAGAACUGUCUUUGGUGUAACUACAGUUCUCACAAUGACAACCCUGAGUAUUAGUGCCCGUAAUUCACUGCCUAAGGUGGCCUAUGCUACAGCUAUGGACUGGUUCAUCGCCGUCUGUUAUGCCUUUGUCUUCUCUGCACUCAUUGAAUUUGCUACCGUCAACUACUUCACCAAGAGAGGAUGGGCCUGGGAUGGAAAGAGCGUCAUCAGUGACAAGAAAAAGGAAGCAGCCAUCACAAAGAAGAACAAUGCCUAUGCUGUAGCUGUGGCCAACUAUGCUCCCAACAUUACAAAAGACUCUACGCUGCCCACAAUUUCCAAGUGUGCCCUGGGCAAUCUCAACAAGACCACAGCAGAGACAAAGCCUGAGCAGAACAAGAAAACUUUUAACAGCGUCAGCAAAAUUGACCGCAUCUCCCGCAUCAUGUUCCCUGUGCUGUUUGGGAGCUUUAACCUGGUCUACUGGGCCACCUACCUGAACAGAGAACCAGUCAUUAAAGAUCUGGAUCCUUCCAAAUGAACUACAGGGACAUACUCUGAACAUACAGCCCAUUCAGGACUUAUAUAUCCGCUGGUUUCAUUUUAUUAGUCACAUGGACAAUUCUCUCUUCCCUUACUGAGGUGAUUCAGUUUCUUAUCAGUGCAGAUAAACAUCAUAACUGGGUCAGAAUAAACCUGAGAGCUCAGUCAGUUUUACCUGUAGUGUCAGCUGAGAGAAAAUGAAACCUCAUUGAAACUGGAAAAAUAUCAAUGUUCAGUGGUCACCUUGCUUAAAUUUUUUUUUUACUUAAUCAAGCCUUCCAU